UACAAACAUCGGAGAAAGGCAAUCACUAAACAUGGAUCAGAAAGUACGGAGGGAACUGUGUGUCUCGUGCAUGAAAACUCGUCUGCAGGCAAAGCAGGCAAUGUGGUUAAUGGUGCAACAGGAUGAACCAGAGGAUUUUAUCAUAGCUACAGGAGAGGUGCACAGUGUUCGAGAAUUUGUUGAAAAAGCCUUCAAAUACAUUGAGAAAACCAUUGUAUGGGAAGCUGAGGGUGAAAACGAAGUGGGAAGGUGCAAGGAAACAGGCCAAAUCCACGUGAGGGUGGAUCCCAAGUACUACAGGCCGACUGAAGUGGAUUUUCUGCAAGGAGACAGCAGCAAAGCGCUGCAGAAAUUGGGAUGGAAGCCAAAAGUUGCAUUUGACGAACUGGUCAGGGAGAUGGUAGCGGCUGAUAUUGAGCUGAUGAAGACUAAUCCAAACGCCUGAGGCCGGAUACCAUUCCACACACACGCCAGAGCCGCAAGAUUUCUUCAUGAAACACUGGGUGCAAUGCAAUAAUGAAAAAGGAACAAUCCACAAAGGACCAAGGGAAUAUGAUUCACAUAAAAAACGAUGUUUUAAAAACAAAAGGUGUUAAGUGAUGUGAUCUUACAACACAACUCAAACGACAUAAAUGAUUGGUGAUAUGGGACUAGCUGAUGGGAAUAAUGUUAAAUGAUGGAAGUGAUUUUUUUUAACCCGCCUUUAAUAUUGUAGACGGGAGAGGGGCAACGGUUUUGUACUUUUCUGUCUUGAAUAAGGUUCUGUCUUAAACCUGACGUGUUACUGAAAGUAAUUCUGCCUAUUAAAACACGUAGGUGCGGGGUUUUAACAGUU